UCUUCUUCUUACCAAAGCUUUUUGGCAAUAUGAGCUCCACAAUGUUUAAGGUUUUGAUGAUGUUGGGUCUUUUGGCCACAGCUUGCAUGGCUCAAGCUCCGACUGCUCCACCUACUGCUCCUCCGCCAUCCUCUCCGCCACCGGAUGCUACUCCAACACCAGCCCCGACACCGUCCCGGACGCCUUCCCCAGCUCCUUCGACUGUCCCAACUCCAUCUCCCACCACUUCCCCUUCCCCUGCUCCAACCACUUCUGCACCUUCUCCUUCCAUCUCCCCCCCUCCUGCUUCCACUCCCCAAGGAUCAACUGCACCGGCUUCCGAGCCAUCGGCUGACCAAGGCCCUCCUCCUCCCUCCGCCGCCUCCACCAACGGUGUCUUCAUCGGUGCAACCGUCGCUGCUGCUUUCUUCGCCACCCUUAUGGCUUAAGAAAGUGAGUUCCUGCUUUUCUCCAGGAUCUUGUUUUAUUGCUCUCUUUGUUCAUUUGACUUGAAUUUUUUUCCUUCAAAUUUAUUUGUUAUGUAUUGUUUUUUAUAAUUAUUAUUAUAUUAUUUUGGGGUUUGAUUAUUUUUAUUGGGUUGACGUGUGGAAUCCUUUUGAGAUCGGACGGCUGUAAAGAUUGAGCUGCUGCAUAUCUGUAAUAAACACAGUUUAUUAUUCUUUUCUA